UUAUUAUAUACGCUAAAUGAAUAAAGGAAGUGAAAGUGAAGAAAUCUUAGAUCGAUAAAAUUAUAGCAAGAGUUUCAAGUAUUUUAUUAAAACAUAACAAUUUGUAGGAAGAGCAAUCGACCACAACAUUACUAAAAGGUGGACGCUAAUUUACGAUAAUAAAUUAUAGACUAAGCUUGUAUUAAAGGGCAACCCCUAAGAUAGGUUUUAUAUGUAAUAAUUUGCUUUAGAUUGCAUAAAACUUAGGAAUAAAGUAUUCUACAGCUAAAGCAAUUGUCUAAGUAUAUCAAAACGAAGGCAGAGUUGGGAAGAAAAGAACAAGAGAUAAACGAAUUUAUUAAGAAAUAGAAACUUACAUCUUAAUUGUCAAUAAAUAAACAGGAAAGAUAGAAAAAUUGAAGCUUAAGUCUGAAUGUAAUGAUUUAAAGACGAAUUUUUCGAAUGCUAAGUUAAAGUAAAAAUUUGAUUAAAACUAGUACAGUCUUGAAGAAACUCACUACUCUUAGAUUGCUCAAUGCUUGGGAAAUUAUAAUCUUUGUUUACCUCAAGAACAUUAUGAACAAUAAAACGAGAGCAUAAUUAAACUAAUGAAAAUCUUAAAUGAAUAAUACAAACAAUUUCAGGAAUCUGAUGAAAAAAAUUAUGAUAAUAUAUGA